UCUCUUUUCCAUAUGCUAAAUUUGGCAUUCGAUUUCGGCGUUGGUUUAUUUAUGUUAAAUCCGGCCGACAAAUUAAUUUUUAUAGUUCAAUUUUGGCACUUCCCCUCGCACCUUUGGUUAGCAGACCAUUCGCGACUAUUUAUGGAACCUUUGUGAUGAUGAUGCAAAGCAAUUUCCGUUCGUCGAAUGGGAAAGUGAAAUGAGCCGUGCCGCGAUUUAUGUAAUAUGCUGACUUAUAAGUGCCGACUUCGAGGCCCGUGGCCACAUAGUUUCCAUCGUCGUGGAAGCUCCCAGAGUAACGAAAUCCGCACCACGAGAUGAUGCAGCAGCCAUUGGCCGUUCUGGUCCUGCUUCUACCCCUAAUUAGCGGUGAUGUGAGACACCUGGAUAAGGACUACAUUCCGCCCAGUGCACAGCAGGAUGCACCCACUGGAUCUGAUGACGCGACGGAGGUCCAGAAGGAUCCGUCUGGGUUCUAUCCCUCCACCGGAUUACCACUGCCGCCGGGCUACGCCAUUCCCACGGGCGGCAACGUUCCACCACCGCCCGUCCAGCCGCCAAACUUCCCCCUGCCCAUCUACCCGCCCUUCUUCGGCUUCGGCGGAGGUCCUGGCGAGGGGCAGGGUCCUGGAAUCGGUCCGGUGCCCUCGGCCUAUCCCAAUGGAGGGCCCUUCCCGGGGGGAGCUCCGAAUGCCGCUUUCCAGCUGCCUCCCAAUGCUGGAGGUCCUUUUGGUGCUCAGGGAGGGGGAUUUCCUCAGGGACCCGGUUUUUCACCACAGGGAGCAGGUUUCCCAUCACAGGGAGCAGGUUUCCCAUCACAGGGUGCAGGUUUCACAUCACAGGGAGCUGGUUUCCCACCACAGGGAGCUGGUUUCCCACCACAGGGAGCAGGUUUCCCACCACAGGGAGCAGGGUUUCCACCACAGGGAGCCGGAUUCCCACCACAGGGAGCUGGUUUCCCACCACAAGGGCCUGGUUUCCCACCACAAGGAGCUCCAUUUUCAACACAGCCAGGACCAUUUCCACCACAAGGACCACCCUUUUCGCCACAAGGAGGUCCCGGAAAUGGCUUCCCACCACCAGGAGCUAACUUCCCACCACAAGGAGGACCCUUCCCAGAAUUCCUCACUAACCAGGGAUUGCCUCUGACCAAUCCCCAAGGACCCUUCCAAGCAGCCAACCCGGGCGGAUUCAAUGUACCCAUGGGAUUCGGAGGACCAGUGCCCGGACAGAAUCCAUAUCAGCAAUUUGGACCCGGUUUCGGAGGACCUGCACCGCCCGGCUACUCCGAUGAGCCGGAAAAGGAGCAAAAACCCGAAGAAGUGGUGAAGCCUCCUACAUUGGCUGAUGAUCCCAAGAGCACAGCGGAUACCGUCUAUGCAACAAAUGGCGGAUAUGUCUACCAGCGGGCCAAGUAACCCAAAGGCUUUAUGGCCCCCAUUUCGGGACUAUAUUGAAUAGUUAGAGCACCAACAAGUUCAUUAUAAAUUAUCAUUCAUUUUUUGUUUCAUAUUUUUCCAUCUGUGUUUUUAUUAUUGUAAUAUAUUUUUUUUGCGGCCAUAAACGUGGCUGAUCGGACUGACAAAACGUUUGUCUUUAUGCUAAUCAAAUCAAAUCGCCAAACUGACUGAUAACCAUAAACGAGACAAUCUAUAGCCGUGAUUGAUAAACAAAUAUAUAUUUAUAUAUGUUUUAUGCAUACACCAGGGCUAGACAUCUGUUUCAUAAAUUAUGAAAAAGUCGGGACAAAGCGAUAAAAGCCUGAAAAA